AUGGCUAUUCCUGGAACAGUGCGUGCUGCUCGCCGCGGGUUCCAUGCUGCCCCCGCUCUCUGGGGUAUCAAAUCCCAAGUGCUGAAAGAUGUUGGUGAAGGUAUCACCGAGGUGCAGAUCAUACAAUGGUAUGUGGAGGAGGGCGCUCGGAUUGAAGAGUGGAAGCCUCUUUGUCAAUACCAGUCCGACAAAGCCGUCGAUGAUAUUACCUCGAGAUACGAGGGCAUUGUAAAGAAGCUACAUUUUGAGGCAGAUGAUACAGUACCUACUGGGAGGGCUCUUUGCGACAUAGAAGUCGACGAUGCGAAAUAUCCCGAUGAACAUCCUCCCGUCCAGCAAGCACCAUCGCAGCCUACGCCUGCUCCGUCAACUCCACCCCAGACGGAAGUGCGUGAAGAUCCUGUCGAUGCAGCCCCUCUGGUGAAGGAUGUCGUCAGCCCGACUCCAAAAUCACGGUAUGCGACGCUUGCGACGCCCGCCGUUCGGGGGAUGCUGAAGACCCUCAACGUGGAUAUCCAGGACGUCCAAGGCACAGGCAAGGAUGGACGUGUCCUCAAAGAGGAUAUUCAGCGGUUUGUGGCUGCGCGUGACUCCCCUUCGGCCGCACAGCCAGAGAGCCCACAGACAGAAACGGCCGUCAACUUGACGCCGAUCCAGUCGCAAAUGUUCAAGACUAUGACACGGUCACUCAGCAUCCCACACUUCCUCUACACAGAUGAGCUCAACAUCAACAACAUCACGGCACUAAGGAAGAAGUUGGCCAGCGACGCCAAAGAUCCUAUCAAACUCACUUUCCUCUCGUUUGUGGUUAAGGCUGUCUCUCUCGCAUUAUCGGAGUACCCACUCCUGAAUGCGAAGGUGGACAUGAGCAAUCCUGACAAACCGCAACUUAUCAUGCGCCCCAGGCAUAACAUCGGAGUUGCCAUGGAUACGCCCCAAGGCUUGAUUGUGCCAAACGUCAAAGACGUUGCGAAUCGGUCCAUCCUGGAAGUGGCCGCAGAGAUCUCGAGACUGAGCGCCCUUGGAAAAGAGGGCAAAUUUACACCUGCUGAUCUGAGCGGUGGUACUAUCACCGUCUCCAAUAUCGGGAAUAUUGGCGGUACCUAUGUGGGCCCGGUCAUCGUCCCGAAUGAGGUCGCCAUUCUCGGAAUUGGUAAGUCGAAGACGGUACCCAUAUUUGAUGAUGAAGGGAAAGUCACGAAAGGAGAGCUUGUGAACUUCAGUUGGAGUGCAGAUCACCGGGUGGUGGACGGGGCGACAAUGGCCAGGAUGGCAAACAAGAUUCGGGCUUAUAUUGAGUCGCCAGAACUGAUGCUUCUCCAGCUCCGAUAG